AACUAACGUUUGUGGAGCGUCUUCUUCACGGAAUUCACUUACUUAUCUUAGAGAAAAGGCGCGCUCUCUUUCCACAGAAAAAAAUGUCCCCAAAUUCAACAGUGCGCUUAAAAGACAAUGCGAUUUGCAGGCCCGCAACUGAUCACCCAAAAGAGCUAUGAAGCGCCUGCUCAAAUCGCUGUCUAAAAAAGCUCAGAAAUUAGCCUCCAACUUCUCCCCUCCAGCUGCUUGUUUGACAUUCCGCUCUCCGCCGUCAAAAUCAUUCUGCGAAUCUCCUCCGCCAAAAUCAUUGUGCAAAUCUGGCGAGGGCAUCGAAGGAGAGUUGUGUGAGGUGUUUAAAUACCUCGAUGCGGAUGGAGAUGGCAAAAUAUCAUGGGUGGAUCUCCACAGCUCUCUCAAAUGUGUGGUUGAGGAGGUGUGCGAGAAUGAAUUGCAAGAGAUAAUAAAACAGUUGGAUUCUGAUGGAGACGGAUAUAUCGAUGUGGAUGAAUUUAUACGGCUAAACUGUGAGGAAAGAGGAGAGGAAGAAGCCGAAAAAGAAUUGGCGGCGGCGUUCAGGAUGUUUGAGGGAACAUCAACAGGCAUUACUCCAGCGGGACUCCAGCGUAUGAUGUGCCGCCUGGGUGUGGAAACUUCUGUCACUCUUGAUCACUGUACUUUCAUAAUUUCUCAGGUGGAUUUGGAUGGAGAUGGAGUGGUGAGCUUCAGCGAAUUCAAGCACAUGAUGACAAGAGCUGUUCACUCAUGAUCUCCUACUGUUUAUAUACUUCUUAAUCUCCAGUUUUUGUUCCCCACUGUUAAAAACAGUCAUUUUGGGUUGUGUAUAUGCUUUCAGUCAGGGGUUCUGUAUCUGCAUGGCUCUUAUUUUCUAUUCCAAAAAAAUAGGAAAGAGAAAAUCCGUUUUGUACGUUGUAAUUGGAAAAGGCAAUCUGCUUGUAAUUCGAACCUGGGUUUUCUUAGCUAAGUAUUAUUUGUAUUUCAGUUCUGAUGCUGCCAGCGGUUUUUCAGUUCUCAGCAGCGAGCGUUUUAUAAAUGAAGUUUUGUUCAAC